AUGUGGGGCGUAUGGACACGGGUGCCAAUGAGCGCCAUACGGGUGACCCGCAUAUACGGCGGCCAAUCAAAUCAGAUGUACCGGUGCCGACUGGUGGACAGUGUCCGGGUGGAGGGCGAUGAGCCCCGGGAUGUAGUCAUCAAACUAUAUGGCGAUAAGUAUUUUAAUACUGAAUGCGCCGGAAGUGAUCGACACAACGAUGCCAUACUGGCGUCCAUUAUGUCAGAGCACGGGUUAGGGCCCAGAAUCUACCAGUCCUGGACUUCCGGAGAAAUUCAGCCAUUUUUGAAACACCGGCAGUUCGGAGUUUGUGAGCAAAAUGAGCCCAAACUGGUGCGAGAAUUGGCUCAAAAGUUGGCGACAUUUCAUUCGUUGAAACCG